AAAUGUUUUGUAAACGGUUUCUUCUCGCUUGAGUGUGUGUGUACUCCGCGUCCGCGUCCACGUCCGCAUCAGGCAGCGCGUUUCGGUUUAGCAGUAGGCCGACGAAAGUCGAAAACGCACGGAAAGAGCCGAAGUGCUGUGGCACUUGGCAGCGGCGUACUAGUAGUCAGUUCGCGUUUGUGUGUUCCGCCGCGAGUUGUUGAUAGUUAACGGUCCCGUAUCGCCUCAGUGUGUCAAGACUGUCGCAUCACCCUGCACCAUUUUACCACCGGAUCCCUGGAUCUUUGUGCGGUCGCCAACACCGGUAGCUCAUCUGCAAUUCAAUAGGAACACAGCGUAUCAGUGACUAUCAUCUUUCGCCUUCCAUUCUGAUCUCUUCACAAAUCAUACCGAAUUGAGAACUGUGCAUGUUCUUGGAUAAUCCUACAAGAAAUUCUCUCGACUGUCGAAAACUGGUUUCUUAAAUACAGAAGACGUUACACUGGGUCAGAUGCUCUACUGUGAAGCUGUAUUGUGAUGCCUUAGCAUUUGAAGUGUGAAGACGGCAAUCUGUGUUGUUGAACCUCGUCACAAGUACCCAGUAACUCAGAUGGAGAUGUUUGUGAGGUGGAAGAUAGCUGUCACUCUGAUGGCAGCAUUUCCAGCCAUCAUCAGCACAGCGGGCAGUGCUGGCCCGUUGGCAGCCGGUGAGGACGGGACGUCAGGGCGUGACAGCUGGCCCCACCCAGUGCACGUGUACGAGGAGGACAACGCGCUGAUCACGUGUGUGGUGCGUGACGUCGGCAACAACACGGUCAUCUGGAAGCGUGAGGACGCCGACACGCGUCGCUGGCGAAUUCUCACUGCCGGCCACGAUCGCGUCACGCCCGACAAACGCAUUCAGAUACUGCAUGACGACGGUGGAGAUGUUUGGGUUCUUGCGAUCAAAGACGUCAAAUCGAAUGAUUCAGGUGUCUAUGCUUGCGAAGUGAACAGCAAUCCUGUUGUUAGAACCCUACAUAAGCUUUCAGUGCUCUCGAGGAACCUGCAGCCACCUCCUACCGUGCUGACAGACGUGGACGAGGUGACAUAUGCCACGAUGCGGGAGCACAACUACACCGACUGCUGUGUUGCCAGCAACGUGUCCACUGGUUGCCUCGGCUUCUGCAACAUCCAGAGCAUCCUCGACGGCAACACUGGUCAGGACCCUGAACACUGUGAGGCCGACUUUCCAGCUAUUGUGCGCUGUAUGGCAGAUAUGAGAAACCAUGUUCCUUGCUGCAUAGACGAAGGCGUGCCUGAUAUUUGCCAAGAUGUUUGUCGAGGAGAGUACACAAUGAUCACAGACAAUAUAAAAACGCAUUUCUCUUGCUCGGCUUACACGGAACAAACCCUCGCCUGUAUUGUGGAGGGAAUUGAAAUCCUGCCUAGUGCGCCGCUUGAUAUAGAAGUGCUGCCUCUCACUGAUAAGUCUCUGAACAUUUCGUGGAUGCCUCCAUUCGACAACUCGCACACAGUCACCAAGUAUGUCGUCAACGUCACCAUGCUCAAGUCAUUCGACCCCUCAUCGAUAGACACACAAAGCGCUGAAACUAGCAACAAUUCUAGUCAAUCGGUUAUAACGCCACAUAGUGUACAAGUGAAGGUGAACAAAGAAGAGCAGUCGAUCGUUAUAGAUGGACUGACACCGCUGACAAUGUACGAAGUCACAGUGAUAGCGAAGAACGUACACGGCAGCAGUCUGCCCUCCUACCCAGUGCGGUCGCUCACCCUCAUCCCCGGCCAGAGCAGGCAGAAGGCCGGCAAGGCUCCCCCCAACCUGCCUGACGUCAGGGGGUGCUGCUACGAGAAGGGUGUCACGCACACAACGUGCCUGGACAAGCUGUGCGGCAUGAACUCGACAGUGGUGGCGGCGGUGACGGACCUGAUGAUCUGUGCGCCCUGGGCGGAGCAGACCUUCUCCUGUCUGGCCAACGGCAUCGACCACCGGCCCUGCUGUCGCGCCCGGGGUCUGCCCGAGCUCUGUCAGGAGCUCUGUUCUGGCAAUGUCACCGAGCUCAACUUCAACUAUUUCAGAGAAAUACUACAAUACCCUCAUUUCUUCGCACAAUGUGAUGUUCAACCACCCCACAUACUGACUUCGCUGAAGAGCGACUCUUUGUAUGAAGUGUAUGUGACCGCUGUCAAUGACCAUGGUGCUGGGGAACCGUCACAGAGGGUCGUCUUCGAUACUUUGAGUAAGCUGCGCGAGAGAGAAGUGGAGGACUCAGUGAACGACUACAACGUGACCGAGUGCUGCAUUGCGGCCGGCCUUAGCAACGUCUGUCUGCCGGUCUGCACCUACGACGCCAGCAUGUCCAAGAUGAAAGAGCUCGCCACUGUCUGCGCCGAAGAACUGCCCAAGCUCAUCAGAUGCGGCGCCGGCGGCCGUAACCAUCGCGGCUGCUGCUCGCGUCGUGGCGUGCCUGACACGUGUCUGCCGCUGUGUGCCGGAGUCGUGUUGGAGUCGGUCAUCGUCACCGCCACUAACUGCAUCCCAUACAUCGGCAACAUCGUACAGUGCUUCGAGGAAGGUACUGGCGUUCUUCCCGGACCAGUGGAAGAGCUGCAUGCCGUCCAUGUAACAGAAAACGAUGUGACAAUACGAUGGGAGCCACCAAAGGACAGUAAUGUCACCGACUAUGUCGUACAUUACAAGAAAGUUGACAACACGUCAAUGCACGAAACUUCACUCAAACUCGAUAAUCAAAAAAAUACCACCUCUACUACCUUUACAAUCACUGGUCUCGAAACUAAUGGAUUGUACAACAUAUUUGUAGUUUCCCGUAACACCCAUGGAACGUCUCUACCGUCCUCUGUUUUGCUUGUCAAAGCAACUGCAACCAAUGUAACGGGCAAAGGCAUAGCGGGAGUGACAUCACCUCCCCAUUCGCUAGCGGUGGUGGUGCACAGUGCCACCUACGUCACCAUCUCCUGGCAACCACCUGAGUUCAGCCUGCCUUCCGAGCAGAUCACCUACAAACUUUUCUACAAAUCGGGCUCAGAAAACCAGUUUACCAUGUUUGAAACAUCAGUUACCACCUACAUAUUGAAAAACCUGACUCCGAACACCCAGUACAUCAUCUAUGUUAUUGCUCUUUCGAAGAAGGGAGCCAGUUUGCCAUCAGAGACCCUCAUCGCAUGGACUGAUCCUGCUUAUCCUGCAUUUGUUGAGCCUCCUACGGUGCACCCCAUCAACCUUGUGGUGGAAGGAAGCAGCAUGACUAUCUUAUGUAUUGCGAUGGGCACUCCAAUGCCCACAAUUUCGCUGUACAUAUCCGGCCGACUGGUGAGGCAAGAAGUGACUCGGCACAUGGUGACUGUGAUCUACAACGUGACACGUGACAUGGACCACAUCUCCUGCUACGCCGACAAUGGCUUCGGAACUCCAAUGGAAGCUAGGAGAAGGAUAGUCAUAAGCCAUAUGCCUCACUUGACAGCGUCUGGAAUCACGAUGGCUGCGCAUGGCGACACAGUGUCACUGGAGUGCAUUGUCGACGCACAUCCCGAGCCAAAGAUGAUGUUCUGGAGGGACUACUCCUCCAGGAAGCCCGUAAUAAGGGGGCCAAAGUACGAUGUCACCACAAGGAGAGUUCAAGAUGAAGGAGAUAAGUGGAUCAUGACUCUGACAAUAAAACAAAUUUCUGAUGAAGAUGGAGGUGAUUACUAUUGUCAUGCUGAAAAUGCUUUUGGAAAUGCAACGCAGCCAGUAUCUGUCAGGAUACGUAAUGUGGUGAAUUUGUGUGAUAUUUCAGAUGGCUCAGAUCACCGAAGCUGCUGUGCUAAUGCAGGCGUUGAAAGGGGUUGCCUGGACUGGUGUCGGGGUGAACCACUUUUUUUGCAAGACAACAAGUUCUGUCUUGUAUCUUACACUAAGACAAUAAUGUCUUGUUUCCGGGAAGGAAGAGAUAAACUUCCUGGACCUCCUCAAAAUGUCAGAGUAGAGCAUAGAGAUCUACAUUCAGUCAUUAUCCAUUGGGAUAUACCUGUUAAGAACCCACAUACUGUUGAAAUGUACAGAGUUUUCUGGAGACAGUCUGGUGUGCGCACCAUUCCGCAGAAGAACGAUACCAAAGUUACUAGUCUUAUAGUGAGCGGAUUGAAGGAGGGCGUCGUGUACGAGUGUGUGGUGAAGGCCGGCAACUCGAUGGGCACUAGUCACCUCACCGACCCCGUCAAGUUCACCACUGACGACAAGUACAUCACAUCCUCUGCUAGCUUAGGAGACGAGCAUUCUCAGAUAGGAGUGGCAGUCGGCAUCCUGUUGGCGCUGGUGCUGGUAGCUGGCAUAGUGGUGGCCGCCGUCUGGUUCAUUAGGACGAGGAAUCUGCUCGGCCUCAAGUCAAACGGAAAUGUCGCCUUCGAAAAUCCAAGUUACUUGAGAGAAGUCAACAUGGAUCAUAUGCAGAUCAGUCAACCAGGUGACGUUAGCACACUGGCGAACGGGAACGGCAGUAUGGCGAACGGCACCUCGACGCAACACCAGCAGCCAGCCGGAUGGAAGCACGAACCCCUCCACGUGCCAGCCUCCACCGAGGUGCCUCCCUCGCUCUACGAGGAACUCAAGCUCGGACACGACGGCGUCGGCUUCAAGAGACUCAAGCCGUAGUAUACACUUUUCCAGUCACGCUUCUAGGCUGAAGGCUGCUCCUGCUGCUGUCGGUGAUAUCAACUAGUAAAUAUGCCCGAGAUUGUCCGAGACAAUGAGAAACAAUACAAACAAUUACGGUGAUAACAAGUAGUAAUACUCGGUGUGAAUGUGUUAGUGUGUGUGAGAUGACUGCAGUUUGAGAGGCAAUUAAGUGUUGUAAAGUGUGAGGCAUAUUUUUAUUAUGAUAGUAGACACAUAGAACUGACAGCCUCAAUACAUCUUGUAGUCCCAAACAUUUUUUGAGCUUUAAAAUUUGGUAUAUCGCACUCAAGAUCUUUGGAAUUCAAGUGAGGUUUUGAAGGAACAAAAAAUAUUGUCAAAAAUGUAAGAAACUGAUUUAUUGUGGGCGAUGGAAAGUGGUAAGGAUAAAUGGUAGAUGAUAACCAUGGAAAGCUGUUUUAUGAUUAAUAUCCAUGUAUAGUUUGGAUGAUAUGCGUUUGAAGUAUACGAUCUCAAAUCUAUAGGUUCAAUAUUAAAACGUGGGACUUGUACAUUUCAACAUAAAAAAAUGUUCGAUUUAUUGGAUUCGAAGAAAUUACAAUCUAAGAAUGUAAAAUUCACUAACCAUUCAGCUAAUUCGAGCUAAUUGAGAUACGGUACUUGGAGAUGGAUAGUUUCUAAUAUGAAAGUCAUUCAUCACUUGUACAGUAUUUGAAUUGCCACUAUUCACGGAGUACCAUGAUGAGUGUAAGAAUUUGCCAAUUGUGCUUGGCAAAGAACCGAUAUGAAUAAAGUGAAUGAACCCCAAAGUUAACAAAUAAACGCUACAUCUUUAUCAAAGAGGAUGAAAAGUAAACUAUGAAGUUACUUAUCCUAUGCAAUAAUCUAUUAUCAAUAAGAUGCCUAGUCAAUUCAAUUUCUGUUGAAAGAGAAGAAUUUAAUCAAAUAUUAUUGGCUGCUUUUAUUCGAAAUACUUCUGUAUUCAAUGAUAAACCGACAACUAUAUCUCUUCUUCAAACUGAAAAUUUCAAAUUUUGUACAAUAACCUAUAGGUGAACCCACAAAUGGCCCUAUUAUAGGGCUGUACCCACAAAUGGCCCUAUUAUAGGGCUGUACCCACAAAUGGCCCUAUUAUAGGGCUGUACCCACAAAUGGCCCUAUUAUAGGGUUGUACCCACAAAUGACCCUAUUAUAGAACUGUCUAUUCCAAUACCACAAUUGAAGAAUAAGAUUGGUUAAUGUGUGAUGGAAAUUCGAGACCAAGAUUUACUGUUUUGUACAGCUACUCUUCACAUAAAGUAUAUUUGAAUAAAAUUAUUCUUGGUUGUGAGUGAAAGAGAAAAUUGGCUGAGUGACUGAAGUAGUGAAAG